AUGAAUUCGGUCCUCACCAAGUACGGGUCCCCGCCUCGCGGCUGGCUGAGCCUUCGUCUGGGGAGCAAUGCCGGGAGCCUGGCCGAGGAGCAGGGCCUGCGCUGUCAGAACCCCAACUGCAUGGACAAGGGGCGCGCGGCCAAGGUAUGCCACCACGCCGACUGCCAGCAGCUGCACCGCCGGGGCCCCCUCAACCUCUGCCAGGCCUGUGACAGCAAGUUCCACAGCGCCAUGCAUUAUGACGGGCACGUCCGCUUCGACCUGCCCCCCCAGGGCUCUGUCCUGGCCCGGAAUGUGUCCACGCGGUCAUGCCCCCCUCGCACCAGCCCUGCCGUGGACCUGGAGGAGGAGGAGGAGAGCUCCGCGGAUGGCAAAGGGGACCGGAAGAACUCAGGCCUGAAACUCUCCAGGAAGAAGGCCAGGAGGAGACACACCGAUGACCCAAGCAAGGAGUGCUUCACCCUGAAGUUUGACCUGAACGUGGACAUCGAGACGGAGAUUGUGCCGGCCGUGAAGAAGAAGUCCCUGGGGGAGGUGCUGCUGCCCAUCUUUGAGAGGAAGGGCAUCGCGCUGGGCAAAGUGGAAAUCUACCUGGACCAGUCCAACACGCCCCUGUCCCUCACCUUCGAGGCCUACAGGUUCGGGGGACACUACCUGCGGGUCAAAGCCAAGCCGGGGGACGAGGGGAAGGUGGAGCAGGGCGUGAAGGACGCCAAGUCCCUGAGUCUGCCCAUCCUGCGGCCAGCCGGAGCUGGGCCCCCGGGCCUGGAGCGCGCCGACCCCCAGAGCCGCCUGGACAUCCUGGCCCCUGGGCGCCGCCGCAAGAACAUGUCGGAGUUCCUGGGCGAGGCGAGCAUCCCCGGGCAGGAGCCCCCCGCGCCCUCCAGCUGCUCGCUGCCCACCGGGGGCGGCGGCGGCAGCGACAGCUGGAAGAACCGGGCCGCCAGCCGCUUCAGCGGCUUCUUCAGCUCGGGCCCCAGUGCCAGCGUCUUCGGCCGGGAGGUGGACAAGAUGGAGCAGCUGGAGGGCAAGCUGCACGCCUACGCCCUCUUCGGGCUGCCCCGGCUGCCCCGGCGGCUGCGCUUCGACCAGGACUCGUGGGAGGAGGAGGGGGACGAGGAAGAGGAGGAGGACGAUGCCUGCCUGUGGCUGGAGGACAGCUGGCGGGACCUCAUCGAUGGGCAUGAGAAGCUGACCCGGAGGCAGUGCCACCAGCAGGAGGCGGUGUGGGAGCUCCUGCACACGGAGGUUUCCUACAUCAAGAAGCUGCGGGUGAUCACUAACCUGUUCCUGUGCUGCCUCCUGAACCUGCAAGAGGCGGGGCUGCUGUGUGAGGUGGAGGCGGAGCGCCUGUUCAGCAACGUCCCCGAGAUCGCGCGCCUGCACCGCGGGCUGUGGGGCAGCGUGAUGGCGCCGAUGGUGGAGAAGGCGCGGCGCACGCGGGCGCUGCUGCAGCCCGGAGACCUCCUCAAAGGCUUCAAGCUGUUCGGCUCCCUCUUCAAGCCCUACAUCCGGUACUGCAUGGAGGAGGAGGGCUGCAUGGAGUACAUGCGCGGCCUGCUGCGCGACAGCGACCUCUUCCGGGCCUACGUGACGUGGGCCGAGAAGCACCAGCAGUGCCAGCGGCUGAAGCUGAGCGACAUGCUGGCCAAGCCCCACCAGCGGCUCACCAAGUACCCGCUGCUGCUCAAGUCUGUGCUGCGCAAGACGGACGAGCCGCGCGCCAAGGAGGCCGUCGUCACCAUGAUCGGCUCCGUAGAGCGCUUCAUCCACCACGUGAACGCGUGCAUGCGGCAGCGGCAGGAGCGGCAGCGGCUGGCGGCCGUGGUGAGCCGCAUCGACGCCUACGAGGCGGUGGAGGGCAGCAACGACGAGGUGGACAAGCUCCUGAAGGAGUUCCUGCACCUGGACCUGACGGCACCCAUCCCGGGUGCCUCCCCGGAGGAGACGCGGCAGCUGCUGAUGGAGGGCAGCCUGCGGAUGAAGGAGGGAAAGGACAGCAAGAUGGACGUGUACUGCUUCCUCUUCACGGACCUGCUCUUGGUGACCAAGGCGGUGAAGAAGGCCGAGAGGACCAAGGUCAUCAGGCCGCCGCUGCUGGUGGACAAGAUUGUGUGCCGGGAGCUGCGGGACCCUGGCUCCUUCCUCCUCAUCCACCUCAACGAGUUCCACAGCGCGGUGGGGGCCUACGCCUUCCAGGCCAGCGGGCAGGCCCUGUGUCGGGGCUGGGUGGACGCCAUUUACAACGCCCAGAACCAGUUGCAGCAGCUGCGUGCACAGGAGCAUGCAGGCAGCCAGCAGCACCUGCAGAGCCUGGAGGAGGAGGAGGAAGAAGAGGAGGAGGAGGAGGACGAGCAGGAGGAAGACGAGGAGGAAGACGAGGAAGAGGAGGGUGGGGAGAGCAGCACUUCCGCCGCCAGCUCCCCCACCAUCCUGCGCAAAAGCAGCAACAGCCUGGACUCCCAGCACUGCGCCUCGGACGGCUCCACGGAGACCCUGGCCAUGGUGGUGGUGGAGCCCGGGGAGCCGCUGUCCUCUCCCGAGUUCGAGGGCGGCCCCUUCAGCUCCCAGUCGGACGAGAUGUCCCUCGGCACCACCGCCUCGUCCGUCACGCCGACCAGCGAGCUGCUGGCCCUGGGUCCUGGGGACAGCCGCUCCUGCUCCAUGGACUCCGCCUACGGCACCCUGUCCCCCACCUCCCUGCAAGACUUCGCGACCCCAGCCCCUGCGGCAGAGCCCGCGCCCCGGCCCCCCGGUUCGCCACAAGCCCCCUCGCCCCCGCCCUCGCCCCGCCUCCGCCGCCGCACCCCCGUCCAGCUGCUGCCCCGCCUGCCCCGCCUGCUCAAGUCCAAGUCCGAGGCCAGCCUCCUCCAGCUGCUGGCGGGGGCCACGGCCCGGGGGGCGCCCCCGGCCCCCAGCCGCAGCCUGUCGGAACUCUGCUUGGCUGCCACGGCCUCUGGCACCCGGACUCGAGGCUCCACCCACGAAGCUGGGCCCCGCUGGCAUGGCGGGGGCGCGCCAAGCCCUGGCGGUGGCCCCCGGCCGUCGGAGACGGAGGGCAGGAUCGCCUGCCCGGCGGAGGAGCCCCGAGGGCCCGCCAGGAGGAGCGGAGAGCUGCCCUCAGGGGCCUCCCCCGGGGUCCAGCCGGAGCCGCCCCCCGGGGUCUCCGCCCAGCACCGGAAGCUGACGCUGGCCCAGCUCUACCGCAUCCGGACCACCCUGCUGCUCAACUCCACGCUCACCGCCUCGGAGGUCUGA